UUGUCUCGUUUCUCCAGUGCAAAUAUCCCGUGUUAAAUAUAUAAUCUAGUGUGCAGUAUUGCAGCGUUAAAAAUGUCGAUGUUGGCGGCUAUAGGACAAGUAGCCAACCUCGCAGUGGGCCUAACUGCCAACCCUUUGACGAUUAUAGGGCUGGUGCCGAUCUUCGCCGCCGGUUUGGCUUACAUGAGGUAUCUGUCCGUAGAUCCUGAAACGCAUCCUACGAACGUAAGACACGUGCGUCCCGAGUACGACUUCAUAGUGAUCGGAGGCGGUUCAGCGGGAGCGGUGGUGGCCUCUAGGCUGUCGGAGGUGACCAAUUGGACCGUCCUGCUUAUAGAAGCCGGCGGCGACGAGAACGAGAUAUCGGACAUCCCGUCGCUGAGCGGGUACAUGCAGAUGUCACAGUUCGACUGGAUGUACCAGACGUCGCCCCCAGGGGAGUCCCCCUACUGCCUGGCGAUGGUGGGGGACCGCUGCAACUGGCCCAGAGGGAAGGUCCUUGGCGGAUCCAGCGUCCUCAACGCCAUGAUCUACGUCCGCGGGAAUAAGCUGGACUACGACUAUUGGGAGCACCAAGGCAACCCGGGGUGGUCCUUUGACGACGUGCUGCCAUACUUCCUCAAGUCCGAGGACAACAGGAACCCUUACUUGGCCAAAACGCCCUACCACUCCACCGGAGGGUACCUGACGGUGCAGGAGUCGCCGUGGAGGACGCCAUUGUCCAUAGCUUUCCUUCAAGCGGGUAAAGAGUUGGGAUACCAAGUAAGGGAUUGCAACGGGCGGCACCAAACUGGGUUUAUGCUGGCUCAAGGCACUGUAAGGAGAGGAAACAGGUGCUCCACGGCCAAAGCAUUUCUUAGGCCGGUGAGGAACAGAAGGAACUUGCACAUAGCCAUGUACUCGCAGGUCACCAAGCUGAUGAUCGACCAGAAGACGAAGCGAGCAUACGGGGUGAAGAUGAUACGUAACAACAGGCCCCAUUUCGUGAAGGCCAGGAAAGAGAUCAUCCUCAGCGCGGGUGCCAUCGGCAGCCCGCAUAUACUGAUGCUGUCCGGAAUAGGGCCCAGAGAACAUUUGGAAUCGUUCAAAAUACCAGUGCACAGCGAUCUGAAGGUGGGGUACAAUCUGCAAGAUCACGUGGGACUGGGCGGGUUUACCUUUAUCGUGGACAGUCCAAUUUCCUUUACGAAGAAGCGAUAUCAAACCAUGGCGGUGGCGAUGGAGUACAUUGUUAGGGAAAAAGGACCUUUAACCUCCCUGGGCGUAGAAGGUCUGGCGUUCGUCAACACCAAGUACGCCCCCUCGUCAGGCAACUGGCCUGACAUUCAGUUCCACUUCGCCCCGAGCAGCGUAAAUUCCGAUCCGGAGCAGGUUAGGAAGAUCACCGGACUCCGCGACAGCGUCUACAACACCGUCUACAAGCCCCUGAAGGACGCCGAGACCUGGACCAUCCUGCCCCUGCUUCUGAGGCCAAGGAGUACUGGCUGGGUGAGGCUGAAGUCGAAGAACCCCGAGGUAUACCCGGACAUCAACCCAAAUUACUUCACGCACAAGGAGGAUAUCCAGACGUUGACGGAGGGGAUCAGGAUAGCCCUGAACGUCUCCGCCAGCGAGGCGUUCCAGAGGUUCAAGUCCAGGCCCCACAUGAUACCGUUUCCCGGUUGUAGACAAUACGCCUUCGACACUGACGAGUACUGGGAGUGUUCCAUCCGCCACUUUACCUUCACCAUCUACCACCCCACCUCCACCUGCAAAAUGGGCCCGGCUUCAGACCCGGACGCCGUGGUGGAUGCCCGGUUGAAGGUGUACGGCAUCGGAGGCUUGAGGGUGGUGGACGCUUCCAUCAUGCCCACCAUAGUGAGCGGCAACACCAACGCGCCCGUCAUUAUGAUCGGGGAGAAGGCGUCGGAUAUGAUAAAGGAGGACUGGGGCAUGGCCGUUAGGUAGUCACUAGCGGGACAUUAACUGAUAGUUACAACUGUUUUAAAAGCUAGUCAUUUUGUGUAUAUUUAUUAUCAGUGUAGGUAUAGUGUAAAAGAAAUGUAUCUUCAUCUUACAUUUUAAACUGAAGAACGUGUGUCUAAAGGAAGAAAAAUAGACUAUAAACAGUUUAGAUGAAAGUAACACAUAAUCUAUUUGCUAUUUAAAAUAUUUGCGUGUCGUGUUGCUUUCAGCACUAUUUGGUUAUAUGACCAAUAACACGCGAUUAUUUAUAUUAUAAAAUAAAUUAGUAAAUAAAUGAAAAUCAUUGAAAUAAGCAAAAUUUACGAAAGAGAUCUAAUAAUAAGAAUUAAAUACGUUAUAUAUUCUAUUAACAUUAUUAUCGAUACUUUUUAUUCUGCA